ACAUUGCAGUAGGACCUUGUCCCAGGUUGGGGACAUGUAUUUACAUAGCAGAUACCGGCGAUACAGAUCAUGCUGUGAGGAAUGUCGUGCAUAUGCUCAAGGAACCCACCAGUGUAACCACCCAGAACGUUAACGUUGAAUCAAGUCAGCAUUUCAUCUGGAGCGAAACUUCAUCAAAGGCGUUGGCAGUGGCCAAAAACGGCGAUGUCUAUAUUAUAUCCGAGUCAGUAGGUACAGGCAGCAAACUAGCCAAGCUGUACAGCAGUGGACGGAGUCGAAACCAAACUGUGACCCUAUCAUCUCUGUUUACUUUGCCGCUACAUACAAACAGCCCUGGGCCUGUGGCUGCAGACAUAUCACCCAAGGGUCAGGAUUUAUUAGUCAAGACGGUGAAUCACAUCUUCCAUUGGCAUAUGCCUGACGGUGAUGUCUGGAAGGCUGUCCAACACCCGGGUGAAGAGGUUGCAUACCAUCCUGACAAUCAUGGAGAAACUGUUGCUUGGAACACUGAAGGAGACGGGUAUUUUACUUUCGGUCAAGGACACGAUGCCAUGUUGUAUCUCUUCCGUCACAGGGACGACUCUGUAUGUAACUGGUGUCUCUGAUAUCUCGCAGUGUAGAUUAUGUCAGAAGUAAUAAAAUGCUUGAUCCAUUAUUUUUCUCACGUGUAAGAGCUAGAUUGUUCUGAAUAGAGCCAGGCAGGGUAACAACAAGCACCACCUUUCAAUGUAAUUUGGUAGGACAGCUGGGCAUGGAACCAGCGACGUUCCUGUUCAAACCAUUUGUUUUCUAUUCACUAGUGAUCUAGUGGCCUAGUGAAAUAAUAAAAAUAAGUGUUUGUGUUG